AUGCCUUGCCCAGCCGUCUGCAGUCUUGAUGGAAGAGCAUGUUGGGUUUCCGAUGUCGAAUUGAUCAACAUUGCCAUGUUGAAGCGUGAGAUCAAGGAAGCUGCAUUCUUCGAGAACGUCGAUCGCGCCGACAGGGGCUGGGAACACGGCAUGGCCAGUCGCGGCUCGGGCGUCUGGCUAGCUGCCGUGAGUUGA